AUGAAAUGGGAUAUGGACAAGGAGGAUUAUUCUGAUGAGCCUCAGGAGGAGGUGAAGAGAGCUAAGAAAGCCAUCGAGGCCAUGGAUGUCAAGCCUGUGGAUGCUGGGAAGGUUUCUCUGAGUGCGGAGGAAAACGGGGUUGGAGGCUACGAUCUAAACUUCAGAAGGCAAGUGAAGAAGAGAGUCAAGGACUAUAAGUACAGGGCCCUUUUCAACAUUGGAAAAACGAAGCGGCCGUAUGUGCUGACACGCAACAGUGUAGUAAUGAUGAUAGAAGAGGAGCUGGGGGUAGAGAUUCUUGUGAAGGGAAGCUAUAGGCCUGAGGAGCUGAACGGAGACACGGAUGAUGAGGAUGCAUUGGUGUAUGAGGUUUCUGCAGAGACGCCUGAAAUGCUUCACGAGGCAAUUGGCAGGAUUCCGUCGAUAAUCAAGGAGAUGCCUGCGUUUCCAUGGGAUUCAUCUGGGGCCUCUGGAAGAUAUGUCUACAGGAACGGAGUCAGGUGCCGCUCGCACAGGAUUAUUAUAGACAGUGAACUGGGCGAGAAGAUGAGUGAGAUUCGUAAGGAUAUAGAAGCUAUUAGCAUUGAUAAGCCUGUGGAGAUCAACAUCCGGGGAAGACUUUCUGAGUAUAUAGAACCAUGUUUUGGAGAGGAGGCUAACGAGCCCACGUACAUCCAAAUAGUAGCAAAGACCAAGAGAGAAAUAAGGGAGGCAGGCAGUGUAUGCAGGAGCAUUAUCAGCAAAUACAGGGAUUUCUUGGGCUAA